UUGACUCUUAAUUCUGCACAUUAAUACAGGUUUGAACACAGUUGCUGAUUGAUAGGUGGUCUCACUCCAGCUGCUGAGGUGGUGAUGCAAAGUAAUGGAAGCAGAACUGGAUCAUAAACUUUUGCAAAGUGCUCUCAAAAAAGACCUGUUGUCUUGUUCUCUGGGAAUAAGAAGCUUUUGCUAAUUGCUUAUAGGACUUAACCAAAGGAGGGCAGAAAUGGAUGAGGGAUUGAAAAAGCUGCAUUAGGAAGAAACAGGCAGGAAGGAGGAAAAUUUCCGAUGCCAUCUUCAAGAAGAGAAGACCUGGAGAAGAAAGUGCUGCAAGGACAUGUGACAUGCCAAGAAAUAUGGGAUAUCCUAUCACACAUCUUGUACCUAGUGUGGGCUUGGGCAGGAUCACUGAGGACUCAGCUGCAUAGCUCUGUCAUGGCUGCACAGCUCCCUUGAGACCAGGCUAAUUCUGCUGGGACGACUUAAAAUGAAGGCGUGAAGUAAACCACUGUCUGCAAGGCCCCUGGCAUUAUAAGUGCUUUCCGUACCCAUGGUAGUACAGACAACCAAGUGCUGCAUUUCUGCUCAGAAAGACUGGCAUGUAAAUGAGCUCCAGUUCAGCUGCUGUUUUGAUGCAGCUUCCAUGUGGAAAUCUUCACAGUCUGCCCUGUGACCCUGAGACCUCAGCUGGAUGGUUCUCUGCUCCUUCUUGCCUUACCUCAACACCUCAAGAGAUCUCUUUCAAAAUCAUUUGUCAUUCGAGCUCUACUGUGUGACAGAUGCAGGGGCUUUAAUCCAGGAUGAAUGAAUGCUACUAUGAUAAGCGCAUGGACUUUUUCUAUAACAAGACAAAAACAGACACAGCGGAUGAGUGGACAGGGCCUCAGCUCAUUGUUGUUCUGUGUUUUGGGACAUUUUUCUGCCUCUUCAUUUUUAUUUCAAAUUCAUUGGUCAUAGCAGCUGUGGUCAAGAACAAGAGGUUUCAUUUUCCCUUUUACUAUCUUUUGGCCAACUUAGCUGCUGCAGACUUCUUUGCUGGAAUUGCCUAUGUCUUCUUGAUGUUCAACACUGGCCCAGUAUCCAAGACAUUAACUGUUAACCGCUGGUUUUUGCGUCAGGGUCUCCUGGACACCAGCCUGACGGCUUCCCUGGUGAAUCUCCUCGUCAUAGCUGUUGAGCGGCACAUGUCGAUUAUGCGCAUGAAGAUCCACAGCAACCUCACGAAGAAGAGAGUCACCUUUUUAAUUAUAUCAAUUUGGGCCAUUGCUAUUUUCAUGGGUGCUGUUCCUACCCUGGGUUGGAACUGCCUCUGUGACAUUACUGUCUGCUCAUCCCUGGCGCCUAUUUACAGCAGAAGUUACCUGGUAUUCUGGAGUGUCUUAAACCUGGUUGUCUUCUUCAUUAUGGUGGUGGUUUACAUAAGAAUCUACAUGUACGUCCAGAGGAAAACUAAUGUCUUGUCAUCACACACUAGUGGAUCCAUUAGCCGUAGGAGAACCCCUGUGAAGCUCAUGAAGACUGUCAUGACUGUCUUAGGUGCCUUUGUUGUCUGCUGGACUCCUGGCCUGGUCGUCUUACUGCUUGAUGGUCUAAACUGUACCUACUGUGGGAUUCAGAAUGUUAAAAGAUGGUUUCUUCUUCUGGCCCUGUUGAACUCUGUCAUGAAUCCAAUAAUUUAUUCGUACAAAGAUGAUGAGAUGUGGGGUACCAUGAAAAGGAUGAUUUUCUGCUCCUCUGAGGAUAAGAGUCAGGACAGACGCUCAUCUCGGAUCCCCUCAACAGUUCUCUGCAGGAGCACAGAUACCUCAGGGCACUACAUUGAAGAUGGCAUUAUUCAAGGAACAAUCUGUGGAAAAGGAGAUCUUGGUGACAAAGGAAACUCCUGAGCUAUGCAAAGAACUGACUUGGCUGGAAAAGGAGAGGGGGAAGGGAGAGGUUUUGUAAGAGAAGAUUGACUGGCAAAGCUAGUAAACAAUAUAUCCACUUUGUUCCAGAGCCUCAACUCCAGUGUUAACAAAAGUUCUUAUAAAUAAUUGCCUGAUGGAAAAACACUUUGUAAUGAAGAAAACUUUCUGUGCUGCCAUCUUUCUCCUUUUUUUCUUUUAAGUACAUGAAAUUGUUUUUUCAUGUGAAUGGAAUAAAUACCUCUCAGAGACUUCUUGUGCAUGGAAGCAAAACGUAAGCAAUGUAGUAAGACCCUCCUUAAGCUCCUACGGAGAAAAUAAACCUGCCUGACUGCGCAGGUUUGGCAUUCAUUGAGUAUUUAUGCUUUGAACAGUUUCUGUGCAUCUUGAGAAGGAUUGUAGGCUUAGGUGGACAGAAUCAUGACAUGUUUUCUCGGUUUCUGAAUUUCAUGAAAUAGUUCAUGCUUACCUCCUUCUUCUUCCUCCAUAUCUUGCUUUCAAAAUAGGUACUUUGAUGGUUUAUUAAAGCUGUGCCAGAAACCUGGCUGUGAUGGGAUACCCAGACCAGACACCAGAGUGUGUGAGUAUGUCUGACCAUGGAUUGUCAGGAUCUGAGAGUACAGAAAGCACAAAAGCCAUUAUCACUUCCAUAGUGGGGUGAAUGCUGCAAGGGGAGACGUUGCACUCUCUGCUGCUGUUGUGUAGGCAGGUGUUGAGGGUGAAUUAACAGAAAAGCAGUGAGGCUCAUGCUCAUUUCUUAUUUACCCAGAUAACAUCAAAUGGGUGUGGCUCACUCUUCUUUACCUGCUGUGCCACUGAGAGAAAUGAGAUCCAAAACUCUAUUUUACAAGGGUGAACUUUUAAGGGAAGUUUAAAUACACAUAUAUACAGGUUCAGUCAGCUACUUAAAAUAGAAAUUAAUUUACAGACAAAAAAAGCCUGAAAUCAAUUAAAACCCCUAUAAGACUACAGUAUGCACUGGUUGUCAGACCUUGUCUGGACCACAUUUAACCUCCAGUUUGCAAACAGAUCUUACUGGAACAGGUACUUGAGGGAGAGGCCAUGAAACAAUGAGCAGUGAAGGGCUUUCAGCAUUGUGACUACUCAAAUCUAGCGUUGGUGCAGCCACAAUCCAAACAGCUGAAGUUUUGACUCAUGGAGUAUGCUAUAAGGGAGGAUCCAGCAAUAUAAAGCUCUAGGGUAAACUUUUAAAAUUUAAAAUUUAAUUAAAAAUUGGAUUGUAGAUUUCUCAGUACUCUAAAAACCUGGCUCCUGCUGUCUGGUUUCAGCAGCAAUGAGCUCCCUGUCUCAAUUUCAAAAGGAGUUACCUGACUUGCCUCCUAGAGAAAGUGUGAUCUGUGGUAGUAAUGCAGGUGACCACAACCAGAAGUCAGUUUGAAAAGUUUUGGAAAUUUUUGACCACUUGGAAUUGCCAGAAAACAACACCAAAAGUGUAUUGUAUGAAGCUGAAAGAUGAAGGUUGGCUGUGGUUUGGACAAAUUCCUUCUCUGGUGCAACUUGAAUGUGGAUAUCUGGACUGUGUGGGUCAAACCAGAACCAGCGCUUGGCACAAAGACCAAGCAGUGGAUUUGUAGAAUGCACUGGGGGAUUUCACAGCAGCCCUUAGCUUACAAACACAGCAAGGCCCUGUUCAGAGAUCUCUCCCGUAUCAUGCAUUAUCUCGUAGGGAUGUUGCCCACUAUUCAAGGUAGAUGCUGUAUUUGGGUAAUGCUAAAAACCUUUAAACAUUUUUUGCCAUUAUAAUGCAAUUUUCUUGUGCAAAUACUACUUCACUGCUUUGGUGUUUUGAAAAGUAUGUAAAAUGGUGCUUUGUAGAGGCAGUGGUAUGGUGAGUUGACUCUGGCUGGAGACCAGGUACCCACCAAAGCUGCUCCUUCCCUCCUCUCUGCAGCUGGACCGGAGAGAGAAAAUGUAACCAAAGGACAGGGAGAGAUUGAUCACUAAUUACAGACUUGGCUUGGGGUGAAAUUAAAUUAUUACCAAUCAAAUCAGAGUAGAAUAAUGAGAAAUAAACCCAAAUCUUAAAAAUACUUUACUCCCACCCCUCCCUUCUUUCCAGGCUUACCUUUACUCCUAAUCUUCUCUAUCUUCAUCCCACAGUGGUGCAGAGGGGCAGGGAAUGUAUCAGUUCAUCAGUCUCUGCCACUCCUUCCUCCUCAGGGUGAGGAUUCCUCAUGCUCCUGCCCUGCUCCAUUGUGGGGCCCCUCCCACAGGACACAGUUCUCCAUGAACUUCUCCAACCUGAGUCCUUCCCACAGGCUGCAGUUCUUCACAAACCGCUCUAGUGUGGGUCCCUGCCAUGGGCUGCAGUCUUUCAGAACAGGCUGUUGCACUGUCGGUUCCCAAUGGGAUCACAAGUCCUGCCAUCAAACCUGCUCCAGCAUCGGCUUUCCAUGUGGUCACAGCCUCCUCUGGGCUCUUUCCCUGCUCCAGUAUGGGCUCUUCCACAGGCUGUAGGUAGCUAUCUGCUCCACCAUGGGCCUCCAUGGCAGGGGCACAGCUGUCUCACCAUAGUUUGCACCACAGGCUCCAGGGCAAUCUCUGUUCUGUGCCUGGAGCACCUUCUCCACCUCCUUGCUCACUGACUUCGGUGUUGGCACUGUGGUUUCUCUCCUCUCUUCAGCUGCAGUUGCACAAGUUUUUUUCACCUCUCUUAAAUACAUUAUCCCAGAGGUGCUUCCAGCAUCGCUGUUGGACUCAGCUUUGGACAGUGGUGGGUCUAUCUUGGCGCUAGACUGGCAUUGGCUCUGUCAGGAAUAGGGGAAGCUUCUUGUGUUUUCUCACAAAAGCCACCACUGUAGCCCCCUCUGCUACCAAAAGCUUGCCAUGCAAACCCAACACAGGUGGCAUUGCCAAGGUGUAGCAUGUCCCUACAGCUACCUGCAGUGCACGGUUUGUCUCAGCUAGGCUGAAGCUCUGUAUGCAAAGCUAAUGGAAAAUAAAAUGCUGCUUCAAAAUAAAAUUCUUGGUUUGUUUCCUAUUUGAAUGGUGAUUGAACAACAUUGAUGGGGAAAUGUUGUUUCAUGUUAUCAUGGGGCAGGGGUAGGAGUGGGGGAUGUUUUAAUAAAAUUUUCAUGUUUACUAGCAACACUAAGCAGUGUAUAAUUUGGUUGAAUCAGGCCCUGAAGAGAGCUUGGAUGAAGAUAUUGAACCAUCUACAGCAGCAGAGAAAAUACUAGGUCUCUUCUGCAGAGCUUGGGAUUCAGGCUGCACAAUAACUACAUGUGGAUGAUUCUUCCAGCAGAAGCACAGAAAUAUGUUUUCUGAUUGACUUCUCUGAACUGGAAAGAAGCUGCUGUGGGCAUUCAGCUCCUUCCCAGCAUGAGGAAUCCAGGCAGGAGGGUGAUCUCCUGAAACUCUUCCCCUGGCAAAGUUCCUGCCCACAUUUCUGUCUCCAUGGGUACCAGGAGCUUUGCUGAUUCACAGAAACAAAGCCAAGCCCAAGGAUGGAGGAACUUGUGCAGAACACAGUGUGAGCUCUGGCUGGAGACUUUAUGGUAAGUGGUUAUGCUCCUUGUCCCCAGUGAUUGCUGAGGUUGCCCUACAGUCCUUUCUUCUACAGAGGCAGGAGCAGACUCUCUUCUAUCCAAAUGUUUAUUUUCCCAAAACUGUUGGUAAGGCAACACCUUCAGAUCUUUUCCUCUCUGCCAGGUUUUAAUGAAAGUGAUGAUUUCAGAAUUAUGAGAGACUUGUCAGGCAAAAAAGGAUACAGCUGCCUCAUUCCAUUCAGAAAUCAGGAUAAAACUGUUCUCUGGUUGAAGUUCUGUAAGUCAUGGAUGCAAUUUUAUGCUCGCCUGUGCACAGGUAAGAACUCUCAGGAAGAGGAUGAAGGCAAUCCCCAAAGCUGCUUCCCAGCAAAUCCUCAGCACCCUGAUAUCCCACCACUACCGUGCUUCUAAUCUUCUCACCCAGUCAGUACCAGGAAAACACCAGAAUCUGUCAUCUUUAUCUAUUUGAUUAGAAGAGGUGCCAGGGAUGAGAUAACACAUGGAUUUGGUAUAAGCAGUUCAUCCUCCCCUGCAGCAGUCAGGCCGAAUAUUUUGACUUGUUACAAUAAUUUCCUGUGGGCAGAUAACCACUCUUCGAUGCAAAUGGUAGUAACAGUCUCCAUCAGGAGCUGUCCUGAAGGGCUGUUGACUCAUUUAAUCCCACAAUAUUGAGUGAGCUGUUAUUUCGAAAGCAGGCUGGAUUCAGCAUGUAUUUGUAUCAACACGCCAAAGAUGACACAACUGCUGCCUCACCCAGCCCAGCAAAAUGGGUUUUUGCUAAUGCUUUAUUUGGUCUCCAUGUUUGGCUGGGAGACAAGCAACUUCUCUUGUGAUGUGUUGUCUCUAUGAAUAGUAAACUAAAAACAUUCUCUGCAA